UAUCUCCUCCAUGUCAUCAUCUUUUAGAAAGAAACCCGUAAAAGUUAAUAAAAACAUAACAUACAUUUUCAGAAGCAAAUGAGAAAAUAAUUCAGAAGAAGUCCCCACGAAGGCCGCGACCAGGUCAAACGAAGUUCAUGACGUCAGUGCUAACGAUACUGUCAAAAUCGACAACUGGUACUCAACACCCGGACCCCGAAAAACAGCAUGGCGAAAAAGAUCCUAAGCCACAGACAAAAAAAAUCAAGAAAACUAAAUACAAAUCGAGAAUUUUAAACAAAGAAAUGUUGGAAUCGGAACUGGACCAACUGAUUGUUUUGCAACCCAGAAGAAACAUCGCACAAUCGUCUUCAAAUGUCUCUAGUAAACACGCCAGUGAUCUUAGCAACUUAACUGAAACAAAUGAACCAAGAAAACCUACUAUAAAAGAUAUCUUAAAAAAUAAUAAUGAAGAAGCUGAAGUCACUGAAGCUGUUUUAGAGAAAUAUCCAAAAAGAGUAAAGAAAUUAAGAAUUCUCGAUGAACCAGAAACGAUGGCUGCCGAAAUAGCGAAGAAAGACGACAAUAACAUUUAUAAUUUCUUCGUCGAUUUACUAGAAACAACUAUUAGUGUAUGUAAUUUAAAUCAUGCUCAUGAAUCGAGUGAUUCUUUACAUACAGCUAUAGAAAUUGAAGAUGCGGUUAUCAAAAAGCUUGAUAUCAAAAAUAAUAUACAAUCACCUAUAACUCCAAGUCCCAAUGCAUCUAAAUAUAAAUUUGAGACUGACAAUUUUGAUGUUACCGAACCGAUCGUUAUGCCAGAGUUUUGUAGGCGCUCUAUAAUAAAACCGAGAAUUAAAGCUAAAUCAUUUAUAAACACUUACACUAAAGCCAAGUCCGGAUUAAAAUCGAAAAGCUUCGAUCACAAUGAUAAAUAUAAUAAAAAACAAAACAAGAAAGACAUUAUAAAACUUUUAAAAGAAGAGUUACAAAAAGAAGACAUUUACAAUGAGCCUGAAAACCUAUUUGAAGCUUUGAAAGUAAUGGCGAAAAACAGCAGACGGAACGAAAAAACAACACGUUUUCAUGAUGAAGAAAUAAACAAACGAAAAACGGAUUUAGAUUGUAUGUUCGAACGUAAAAAGGUAAUAUCGUUUGGUGCCAAAAAAAAGAAAACACAUAUACCUGUUUCAAGAAAUAUAAACAACCAAAACAAUGAUCAAGAUGAUCGAGUAUUUGCACUUUCAAAGCAUUCUUUGGAAGUUAUUGGCUAUGAUUAUAUAGAACCUGCAAAAGUUGAAGGAGCAAAAACAAAACUAAUUUCUUUGAAUUAUCAUUCCUCUCCUUCAGUUAGCGGGUUUUUGGAUGAUGAUAAGGCAUUAUGUUACCAUUUGGACAGUUUGAGCAGUGAUAUUUCACGAUUCAAUCGUUGACUGGUUGAAUAGGACUUCCAGAAUUUAAAAAACAACCUCCAUUCUAACCUAAGGUAAUAAACUAUUAAAUUACAUACUCAUACAUUUAUUUAUCCUUUUUUAAAACGCCCCGACACAAAAAGAAGAGUGUCUGUCUGUCAGUCUGUCUGAAGCACCAUAGUUAAAAAAUGUUUAAAAACCCUCAAAUAUCAUGAAAUUACAAAUUACACUCUCGAUCAUAUUCUUUUUCAGUGCGCUUUCAUUUGAGACCCCACUCGAGUAUAUUUGCAGACAUUCGGUUGUUCUUCCCAACUUUCACCCCCACAACUUUUAAACGGCUCAACCGAUUUUCAUCAAACAUGUCUAAGAACACUCGCACAUAAGUCACCUUUCAU